AUGGCUGAGGGCUUUAUCAUUCCAUUAAACCAUGGAGACCAGAGUUUGGAAGAACUUGCUGAGGAGUGUUUUCUUAUUUUAUUGCAAAGGUGCUUCUUUCAGGAUAUAAAAAGGGAUGAAUGGGGAGACAUUUCGAGCUGCAAAAUGCAUGAUUUGAUGCAUGAUCUUGCUAUAAAAGUGGCUGGAGUCAACUGCAAGGUUGCAAAGUUUGGAGAAAGCAACUCAAACACGGGAAUUCAUCAUGUGUCUUUUGCUUAUCGUUUGACUUCAUCUUCGAAGAUACCAAGUUGGAUGCUGAAUUUGAAGCUUCUACGAACAUUUCUUUUACCGGAGCAAAGGAAAGAUGGAUCACCCUUGAGCAAAUUGAUUUCUCAAGAGAUAAUAUCAAACUUUGGAUGUUUGAGAGUGCUGGAUCUACACAACCUUGGAGUCAGAAACUUGCCGAGUUCAAUAGAUUUGGCUAGGUGGGAGGGGGCAUAUGAAGAUGUUAGUUGUAGUAAUCAUGAUGAAGCUGUAAUGGAAGGACUCAAACCACAUCCUAAUUUAAGACAGCUGGGGAUUUAUUGGUACAGAGGUCAGAAGCUCCCAAGUUGGGCAAUGAUGGGUAAUUUGUGUAUUAAUCUUCCAAAUUUGGUUGAGAUUGAACUUCUGCGUUGUGGAAGAUGCCAGCAACUGCCCCCUUUUGGCCAACUACCUUUCUUGAAGUGUCUUAGUCUUGUUAGUUUGGAAAGUGUGGAAUACAUGGAGAUGGAUUGCAGUGUUUAUGACCAUCCCUUGUCAUCGGCGGAAAUACCAUUCUUCCCAUCUCUACAAGAGCUUACGCUGAUGUAUAUGGAUAAUUUGAAGGGAUGGUGGAAUGAAGCAAUUGUUAACAAUGAGGCAGAAGAAGCAGCACAUAUAUCAAUGUCAUUUUCUAAUCUGAGAAAAUUAUGGAUACAGAAAUGUUUAAAGCUGAUAUUCCUACCAAAAUGUCCUAAUGUGGAGGAAUUAACCCUAGUAGACGCCAAUGAAAGAAUCUCAUUAUCAAAGAUGGCAACAGUUACAUCAUCAAAUUCAUCUUCAAAGUUGAGAAAGUUGACAAUCAGUAAUGUGGAAGACCUCAUAUCUCUUCCAAGAGAAUGCCUGCACCAACUUCAUUCACUAAAUGUGGAGGGUGCGGAGCUGGUGAACACAGACGAAAUAGGAAAUGAAGUAUUCAAAAGUAUAUCUUCUUCUCUCUGUUGUUUGGAAUUCACUCAUUGCAAUAGCUUGAGAUUUUUCGCUCAAGGCCUAGAAUAUCUCACAGCAAUUGAGAAGUUGAAACUUUGGGAUUGUAAACAGCUUGAUCUAUUACCGGAUGAACAGUUACCAUGGAAAAACUUCAAAAGUCUUCGAUCUUUAGGAUUGCAUCACUUUCCUAGGCUAUUGGUUCUUCCAAGUGGGCUUCAACACUUAGUAAACCUCCGUUCUCUGGAAAUAACAUGCAAUGAUGAAUUGAGGGAAAUACCAGAAUGGAUAAGCUGUUUCUCUUCUCUUGGGUAUAUGAGAUUGUUUUCUUGUCCAAAAUUGACAUCUCUACCAGAAGGCUUCCGCAAGCUCACUACCCUAAAUCAACUUUUUAUCAAGGAAUGUCCAGGAUUAACAGAAAAAUGCCGACGUCCAAAUGGUAGUGAAUGGCCCAAGAUUCAGCAUAUCCCUCUCGUUACGGUUUUGAAGGACAUUCAUGAUUGAUGUUAUUGAAAUUGCAACAUAGAGCUAUUGAACAAAGCAACUCAAUGUAUAUUACAUAUUUACAGGAUGCAUUAAUUCUUUUUACUUUCUU